AGAGCCGGGUUCUUCCCGGAAGCAUGCGCUACUUGCUUGGACAGCCGAGACCAUGCAGUCAGAUGACGUUAUCUGGGAUACACUAGGAAACCGGCAAUUUUGUUCCUUCAAAAUAAGAACCAAGACUCAGGGCUUUUGCAGAAAUGAAUACAGCCUAACUGGACUGUGCAAUCGAUCAUCCUGUCCGCUGGCAAAUAGUCAAUAUGCUACUAUCAAAGAAGAGAAAGGACAGUGCUACUUGUAUAUGAAAGUUAUAGAACGAGCAGCUUUUCCUAGGCGUCUCUGGGAACGGGUUCGGCUUCAUAAAAACUAUGAGAAAGCACUGGAGCAAAUAGAUGAAAACCUAAUUUACUGGCCCCGCUUCAUUCGACACAAAUGUAAGCAGAGAUUUACCAAGAUAACCCAGUACCUAAUUCGAAUUAGAAAACUUACACUAAAGCGACAGAGAAAACUGGUUCCUUUGAGUAAGAAGGUAGAGCGUAGGGAGAAAAGAAGAGAGGAAAAGGCAUUAAUAGCUGCUCAGCUGGACAAUGCCAUUGAGAAGGAAUUACUGGAGAGACUGAAACAAGAUACGUAUGGCGACAUCUACAAUUUCCCCAUUCAUGCAUUCGACAAGGCUCUGGAACAACAGGAGACAGAAAGCGACUCUUCAGAUGCUGAGGAAAAAGAUGACGAAGAAGAUGAAGAAGAAGAUGUGGGCAAAAGAGAAUUUGUAGAAGAUGAGGAAGUGGAUGAGAGUGAUCUAAGUGAUUUUGAGGAUAUGGAUAAGUUGGAAGUCAGUGGUGAUGAAGAUCAGGAAGAUAAAUCCUCCAGUGAAGAGGAAGAAGACAAGACUAUUAAUGCAAAGCACAAAGGCAAAACACCCUUGAAAGGACCUUUCAGGAGAAAACGAGCCUAUGUAGAGAUAGAGUAUGAACAAGAGACAGAGCCCAUGGCCAAGACCAAAACCACAUGAUUUUCCUCCAUUUUUAACCAGGACUGAACAUUUUGAACUUUUUUUUUAAUCUUAAACAUACAUACACCUCCAGUUUUUGCUCUUUUAUGUACUAUUUCACACAAUACUUAUAUUCUUAAUAUUUAUGCCACUUCAGUGGGGCAAGAAAUCUGGAGUGAGUGGAAGAAAGCUGUAAGUUGUGAAGAGUAUUUUUAUACCAUAUGUGUUGGCAAUCACAGCUUGAGCCCAAGAAGCUUAACAGAUGAGUCCCUGAAGGUGGAAUGAAAUUGUGGGUGUAAAUAUUUAUAAAUUUUAGCACUAAAUUCCUUAGUGUCCUUUUUUCUUUCUCCCAUAUAUAGAAUGUCAGGUC